ACGUUUUACAAAAGGAAAUACUUAAUACUUGAACGCUCUCUAAGGCUUAGUAGAUAAAAUCGUGAGCAUUACCAUUGCUUAUUAAAGAUUGAUAACAUUUCAUAUCAAUCAUUAUCGCAAAAAUGUAGGCAUUUAGCUCGAUAAUUUGGUAUAAUUAAAUUCUAAAUUAGCCAAUUUUCCAGUGGGUGGAGUUGAACGGUUAUGUGAGGACUUUUCAGAAGAUUUUACUGCGGACCACCCAUUUUUAGCAAUCAUAACACUCAAAAGGAUAACCUUUUUCUGGAACACUUUUACAACAUUUACAGAUGAUAACUGUAUACGUUCUAAUCGAACUCAUAAUAAGUCGAAUUGUGGUCUUUUAUAACUUAAUAAUAUACGAUUUAAUACAUUUGGUUUCUUAUUUACAUAUAACAUGUUCAUAAAUUUUGAUGGUGCUGGCAGUUAAAACUAGAAUUAAACGAAGUAAGACUAUUCAUUAGUUUAGCAGCAAUUAAAGCAUUUGUUAAGGGUUGAUGGUCUCAAAUGCAAUUUAGACAUUAAUUAGUGUUACGAUAAUAAUUAACAUUAAGUAGUCACUAACAAGUGCGGAACCAAGUGUAUUUUCUACAGAUAUGCAUGGGCAAACGAACAGUUUGAUAAGAACAUUUGAUCGGUUUUGUGGUGCACGAUAUAAAAGUAUUAUUGAUACUAAAACCUCGCUUGCCAAACGAAUUCAAGAUCUGCCAGUCUGGGAAUAGAUUCGUAAUGAACUAAUGUAUAUUUUCAGUAAUAUACUUACGAUAAGCGAGCCAAAUGUAUUGGAACAAAUAAUUGAUUGCUCUUAAGCAGGCAUGACACUCAUAUGUAAAACAUAUGUGAUUAUGUUCACGUGUUUUUUAGUGAAUACCGUCCAGACUUUUGGAUUUACACAGUAUUAUAUAAGUAGCAGUGUGCCGAAUGAACUAAUUACCCUUGUUCCUAAUAAUUACGAGAAGUAUUGUUUAUCUACGGAUUAUAAAUGGAAGCCGUGCCCGAAAUAUAGAACAUCCAGUAACGACGUAACGCCAGCGACGAAAUCAUAUAAUUUAGAAGAUCGAAUUUACAGUCACCGUUUUAUGGACAAAGAAUUUAAAGAUCAAGAGUUGUAUAAUUUAUUCUUGUCAAUUCCCCCUAGUGUUCCUAAAUCAAUAGGUGGCUUAUUUAGAUAUUGGAACUGGCUGUUAAAGAACACUCCAAUAGAAUUAUAUAGUGAUGAGAUUCCGCUGCCAAUACUCAAUUAUCGUAAAGGAACUGAACUGAUAUCUUCCAACAAAGAAAAUGAGUUAAGUUCAACCAGUCGGCUAGGAACUGACCCAAAGGAAGACCUAAUAAAUGAAUUUAUAGAUUCAUUGGAUCAACUUGAAAAGAAAUUCUACGCCACAACGUACGCAACUUUGCAAGCAAUCAGCCCUUCCGAGUAUGUAAACGGGAUCAGUUUUACACUUUCUGGAUUAUUUUUACAAAUGGCACUAAUUGCUCUUUCGACAGAAGUGGAUCAUGACACUAGAAGAGAAUUAGAUGAGUGCACUGGCUUUAAUGUACCAGAACAGGCUAAAAUAGAAGUACUGAAAAAUAUAAUAUCAUGGCUACCUACAUCAAGUGAUCGUCUUAAAUUUCGUUACAAAACAAGAUUAGUAGUCAAACAAGGUAUUUAUGUAAGUGAAAAAUUCCUCCGAGGUGUUGCAGCAGCAGGGCGUAUCAAAGUAGAACAUUUAAAUGAUACACAAACUCCUGAAAAACUAACAGCCACUCUUAAUCACAUGGUUGAAAUUGAUUCAGGUGGGGCUUUGCGUAAUACAUUUGAGGAAGACGAAUUGUCUAAAGGCAUUUGUGCUGUUUUGAUCUCAACGGUUUACUUGCGAGCUCGCUGGAGAUCACCGCCCACUCUUUUAAAUGGAACGUUUCCAUUUUACGAUGACGAAAGAGCCCCCGAAAGAAACGCUCGGAUGAUUCGCAUCAAUGAUAUCAUGGGAUAUGCUGAUCUUCCAGAAUGGGAUGCUGAAGCCCUUGAGAUAAAAUAUGCAACAACUGGGUUGACUCUUGUUCUGGUAGUGCCUAAGGGGCGAAGCCUCCGAAAUCUGGCGGCUCACAUGUCAACCACAAGUCUUCAAAGCAUUGUUGAUGUAAUGCAGAGCAAGCGUAUAGCAGCUACCUUACCGCUUUUUACUUUACGAAUGACUUUGCUUCUACCCGCUAAAAUGCAAACAAUGGGAAUAACGCGACUGGUGGACAAACGAUGUGACGGUUUAAAAUUGUCUCAUGCCAUUCAGAGAAUCAUGUUUUGGUCUGAAGCUGGACGAUAUGCAUUUAAAGAUGACGGAAUAGAGUGGGAUGAAACUCCAGAGCAGAGAAUCAUUUUCGAUCGGCCAUAUUUAUUUUACGUGCGAUGGCAUAAUGUCACAAUAUUAAAUGGCAACUUUGUACUGUGAUAAGAAUACACAAAUUACGUACAUUGUAUAUUCUUAUAUAAAUUUUUAAUACACAACAUAUCAAAAGCGCUGCCCGUGAAAUCACUUUGAUAAAGAAAAUACAAUUAUUAAUAAAC